GAACCGAACCUCAAACAUCAAAUGUCAAUGUCAAUACAAAGGUAAAUAAAAAGAAAGAUAUAAAUAUAAAUAAAUCAAUUUUUAGUUUUCUACUUUUUUCACUACCAAGACCAUCUGUAGCCAUAGUUUGCCAGAAAAAUUCAAGAACAAAAAUGAGCCGAGUAGUCAAUAUGAGAGAAUGGGAGGCGACCUCGAAAGCCUCAGCCACAGCAAAAAUCGUAAAUAUGUUCAACAGACCAGGUCAGCUGGAAAAAAUCGACCAAAUCAAGCAAAGGUUUUCAAGAAAAAAAUGUUCAGUUGAAGCGUUGCUGAAGUCGGCAAUGCAGCAGCAAUUGGACGGUGUACGAACUGGUAUAAGUCAGCUUCAUUCUUGUUUAGAGCAAUCAGUUGAAAUAAAUACUGACGUCAAGAAAACAUUCAGUUUGUUUGGGGAAGUUACAAGACUUUUUGAGGCUUUAAACGAUGUUAGAGAUGAAAACAUGAGACACUCCCAAUAUGUUACGGCUAGAGAAAAUUUGAAACACAUUUUCACUGUUCCUGAGAGUGUUGAGAAAACAAAAGAAUGGAUAAAUGAGGGCAAGCUUUUACAUACUCAUCAGUGUUUAAGGGAUUUAGAAAAUUCCAGAGAUGAUUUGUUAUUUGAGUUACACAAGUUACCAAAUCAAUCGCCUCAUGAUAAAUCUUUGCUUAAAGCCUACUUUUCCGAAGUUGAGGUUUUAUCUAAUUUAUUGGAAAAACAACUUGUUUUCAUACUAUCACGCACAUUGAAUACUGUACGAAAAAAUCCUGCAGAAUUAGUAACGGCUUUGAGAAUUAUAAAACGAGAAGAAAAGGCAGAUGAAAUUGCAUUAAAACAGGAAAAACAAACUGGAUUUUUAGCACCUGGCAGACCAAAAAAGUGGAAACAAAUGGCUUUUAAUAUCCUUGAAAAAUCAGUGGAAUCUAGAAUUGAAGGUACCCAAGUUGAAGAAAGAGAAGAUAAUAAACAUUGGAUAAUUAGAUAUUUAGAACUGAUAAGGCAAUUAUUCGUUGAGGAUUUAAGAGUAGUUAAAACCUUGUGCCUUCCAUGCUUUCCACCUGAGUAUAAAAUCGUAGAUAAAUAUGUAAUGAUGUACCAUAAAUUCCUCUCAAUUCAUUUGCAAGAAAUAAUUCAAAACGGACUGGAAGGUACUGAAUUUGUUACAAUGCUGUCUUUUUUUUAUAGAACAUAUCAUUCAGAAGACAUGUUAGGGCAUCCUGAUUUGAUUGAAUACACUAAAAACUUGGGACCUUUAUUUCCAACUCCAUUACUAGAAAGAUUAGUGUCAAGUUACUUAAAAGAUAUCGAAACUAAUUACAUUGAAUGGAUGCAAAACACUCUGAAAUCAGAAAAGGAAGAAUGGAGAUCAGCUAAUCGACCAGAUUCAGAUACAUAUACAAGAACAGCGGCACCUAUUAUAAUAUUUCAAAUGAUAAAUCAAAAUCUUGAUGUAGCUAAAACAAUUAGCGAAGAAAUCACUUUAAAAGUUCUAAUUUUGAGUGUCGAACAAGUAAUCAAAUUCAGAGAUUCGUUUAGGGAUGGUAUAAUAGAUUUCAAAAAUAAAUACUUUGAAGAUCGCAAGCAAGUUCCAUAUUUCACGCAGUACAUGAUUAUAAUUAUUAAUCAGUGCUUGCAAUUUGUUGAUUUAGGUAAUCUUUUAGAAAAACAAUAUUCUGGUAGUCUGUUUGCUAAUCAUAUAGGGGACAAUUUUAGCCGUUUAAGAGGCACCUUUGUACAAUUAAGAAAUGAAGCUGGCAAUUUCCUUCUUGAAGAAUUAUUUAUUGAUUUGGAUCAACAUUUUGAAAAAUUAUUUAAUGCCCAAUGGCUAGCUAGCUUAGAUUCUUUAGAAACGAUUUAUGCUACUUUGGAAGACUAUUUUCAAGAUUACAAUAGGCUAGCAGAAACUAAUUAUAAUUUUAUAGUGGAGCAAGCGAGAAGUACUGUAGCCAAACGUUAUCUAACAGCGAUGUUAUCUAAGAGGGUGUCAUUCAAAACAUUUGAAGAAUGUUGCAAUGCAGCAAGUAAAAUUUCUAAAGAAGUUGAUAGAUUGAAUAAUUUGUUUGGUAAUAUAUCGAGAGGUAAUGAAAUUACACACAAGGAUGAUGAAUUUGAAGUUAUUGUAAUGCUAUCUGAAGUUAUAAAAAGUGAUGACGAUAUGAUUUCAUUUGAACUGCAUAGAGUUGUUGAGAAAUAUCCAGAUAUAUCUGAAGACCAUCUAAUGAGGCUUUUGAGCUUGAGAGGGGACUUAUCAAGAUCGGACAUUAAGGAUAAAGUAGCACAUGUUGAUAGGCCUAAAGUUUCUCAUAGGAGUAGCAUAUUUAAAUCUUUGGUUUUUCCAAAAAAUGUAAUUAAUUUAAACUUCUAGAGAAAAUUAUUUAUUAUUUAUGUAAAAAAUGUUUUUAACAAAAUUAAAAAGUAAUACCAUUAAUUAAAUAAAUUGCUUCAUUAUCGCCACCACAAAUAACUCUAUUGUUGCUGAGAUCCAAGGUAUUGAUUGGUUUUUUUAAUGUAGGCAUCAAAUUCAAAACUUCCAAUUUGGCCUUGAUAUCAUCUGGCGCCAGCCAGGCGUUGAUAUUUUCAUGUUCCAAUCCGUAUUUGUUUUUCGUUUUUGUUGACCAAUGCCAAAUUUCACCACCCCUAGAGCAACUAAAAAGAUGAUCCAGGUGGUCUGGAUGAAACUGUAUUUCAGAUAUUGCUCCUUCGUGGGCGUUGAGGACAUUGACUGGGUAUGUAUUUUGUCUUAAAUCCCAGC